AUGAAACCUAACGGAGUCGAGAAACCGUUAACGGCGACGGAAGGUUCAUCGUUAGUAAUCGUCGGUGUAAAUCCUGAUGAAUGGAGUCGAGAGGUGCUUACGUGGUCUUUGGUGAAUGUAGCGCGUCCUGGAGAUCGAAUCAUUGCUCUCCACGUCAUCGAUUACUCUCUCGAAGGCUCAACGUCGCUUAUAUCGCUGGUUAGGAGUUUCGACACUAUGCUUAGUGUAUACGAAAGCUUCUGCAAUUUAAAACAGGCAAGUUUGACAAUUCAAGUUGAUUUGAAGUUGAAAUUCUUAAGAGGGAAGUCACCUAGGAAAGUUCUUGUACAGGAAGUGAAAUCAUGUGGAGCAACGAGUUUGAUCGUUGGUUCUUCUAAGAGACAUCACACGAUUCGUUCAUCAGCUUCCUUAGCUAAGUAUUGUGCUAGGAAUCUUGCUAAGGAUGUCUCUGUUUUUGCUGUUAAGAGUGGGAAGAUUAUGUUCCGCAGAGUACAUAGUAGCAAUGAUAGUCCACAUAUGAAUCGUCCCUCUUUAGUUUGUGUUUCACCCAACAUUGCUAUUGAAGCUGCAAAGAUUGGAAACAGUUUUAGUCCUGCAAGAACGAGAACUACUCACACUUCCUCAUUACAGUCUCCUGAAAGCAUAGUUGUGGACAACUCAUUAGCUUUAGUGCCAGUACAAACAAACGAGAAUGGUUCAGAUUCCUCAGGACCAGGUUGGCAUUUUCUUCGGAAAAGCUGGACCAAAGUUUCAGCUAAGAAGGCUUUACUUCAAUGGGUUUCGAAGCUCCGGGGACGGGAUUCAGCAGCUGUAGCUUAUCUCGAUAGGAAACGGAGUGACUCUGGUUGUGAUGAAGAUUGCUCUUCUAGCAUGGAUGGUUCUGAGCUUGUGCAGUCUCCUCGUUCUCCCUGCAUUGGAACAAACAACAUUCCAGAAGAGCUGGAGGGUCUACAUGAAAAAUACUCUUCCACAUGUAGAUUAUUCACAUAUGAGGAAGUUCUGUCAAUUACCUCAAACUUUGCAUCAGAUAACUUGAUUGGAGAAGGUGGAAAUAGUUAUGUAUAUAAAGGAGACUUACCAGAUGGAAGGGAGCUAGCUGUCAAAGUACUGAAGCCUUGCUUGGAUGUGUUGAAGGAGUUCAAACUUGAAAUUGAAGUCAUUACAAGUGUAAAUCACAAGAACAUUGUCUCUCUCUUUGGUUUCUGUUUUGAGAAUAAUAAUUUGAUGCUGGUGUAUGACUAUCUACCACGAGGAAGCCUCGAAGAAAACCUUCACGGUGAUAGAAAGGAUCCAGCAAGUUUUGGCUGGGUGGAGAGAUAUAGAGUAGCGGUUGGUGUUGCUGAGGCGUUAGACUAUUUGCAUAACACUCAUGACCCAGAAGUGAUUCACCGAGAUGUGAAAUCUUCUAAUGUUCUGUUAGCCGAUGAUUUUGAGCCACAGCUUUCAGAUUUUGGAUUUGCUAGCCUGGCUUCAAAUGCUUCACAGCAUGUGUCAUGUGGGGAUAUUGCCGGAACAUUUGGUUACUUAGCACCAGAGUACUUCAUGCACGGUAAAGUAACCGACAAGAUUGAUGUCUAUGCAUUUGGUGUUGUAUUACUCGAGCUCCUAUCAGGUAGAAAACCAAUCUGCGUCGACCAGUCUAAAGGUCAAGAGAGCCUUGUCUUAUGGGCAAACCCAAUUCUAGAGAGUGGAAAGUUUGCUCAGUUACUAGAUCCAAGCCUAGAAACUGAUGAUAGCAAUAACGAUCUAAUCGAGAAGCUACUGUUAGCUGCCACACUAUGCAUCAAACGGUCACCUCAUGGCCGUCCACAAAUGAGCCAAGUUGUGAAGAUACUACAAGGAGACGAAGAAGCAACAGAAUGGGGAAAGCAGCAAGUAAGAGUCUCAGAAGAUGCAACAACGCAUUUGACAAACAUAGAAUCACAUAUAAACUUAGCGUUGCUUGAUUUGGAAGAUGAUGCAGCUUCUGAUAGUAGUCCUGAAGCUAGUAGUAUCUCCGUUGAAGAUUACUUGAAAGGGAGAUGGAGCCGCAACGCUAGCUUCAACUUCAACUAG